GACAUUAAGGAACGGUUUUUAAACACUUAUUCCAAAGAAAGAAUUGACGAGGCAACAACUUAUGGUCUAAACGAAUUUGCCAAAGUUAUUGCAAAACAAAUGGAAUAUUUUUCAACUAAUCCGGAAGCUGACAAGCUUAAAAAAGUACAUGGCGAAAUCGAGCAAGUUAAAGUUGUUAUGGUUGAUAAUAUUGAACGUGGAGAAAGAAUAGAACUAUUGGUAGACAAGACAGAUAAUCUUAACCAACAAGCAUUCGUUUUCAAGAAACGAAGCACCGCUUUAAGG